AUGCAAAGUCAGGUACGUUCAACCCCCAGUCUCUCUGCCCUUCCGCUCCCAUCAGCCGGAUGUUUCGAAGAUGCAGCGCGCAACACUACGUCCUCGGUCGCCCACCGCCCACUCGAUCACGCCAACGCAGUCGCGAGUAGUAAUCGCUCUACUUGCGCUUCGUACGCUCUUCCAGAUUGCGUUGGGCCGACCGGAUACUUAAGAGCCCAGCUGGCUGCUGUUAUAAGCACCUCCCAGACGCAGCAACCACAGGCGCAACAUCCUCAACAGCACGGCGGGCCUCCUCAUGGCUACAACGAAGUUCCAGCAUCGAGCAGCGCCAGUCCACACGAACACAACAUCGAUCCAUCUAUAGGCGGUCCGGGUGGCAUGAUGAGUGCCGGCGGGGGAGACUCGGGUGGUGAUGACAAUUUGGGUGAUGGUCGUAAAGGUGGAAAGAGGGAAUUAUCGCAAUCGAAGCGUGCAGCCCAGAAUCGCGCAGCCCAGCGAGCAUUUCGUCAACGGAAGGAAGGUUAUAUUAAGAAACUCGAGGAACAAGUGCGAGGAAUGCAUGCGUUAGAGGACAAUUACAAGUCCAUACAAAGCGAGAACUACUCGCUGCGAGAAUACAUCAUCCAUCUUCAAUCCCGCCUCAUCGAAUCGCAAGGAGAAUUCCCUCAACCUCCACCAAACGUCAACCUGAAUCAUCCUUCAGAUGUAACUCGAAGUCAUGAUGGAGCGCCUGUGGCAGCAAUGUCAGGGAUGAACACUCUCAACGCCAAUGCAGCUCGUAAUCUGGCAGCUGCUAGUCUAAACUCCAACGCAAAACACGCACACGAAGAACCUCAUAAUUAUGAUCACAAACGAUUCAAGGACGCUGCAACAGAAGAAGCCGCCGACGAGGACAUAAUCCGUUCGCAAUUACAAGCCAGUGCUGACGGUCUCCCUGCUCCGGCCAUGCAGAGCUAG